UUCUCUCCUCCCUCCCUCCCUCUCCCACUCUGGCUCCCUCUCUCUCCGUUCUUACCUCCAGCCAGUCGGCGUUGACUCGUCGCAGCAGGAAGAUCACCUCUCCCCUCUUCAGGUUCAACUCUGCCUUGUCGUUGCCGCGAAAGUCAAACAUCGCCUGGAAGACACACACACACACAAACACACACACACACACACGCAUAAAAGUCAGUGAGAGGAGAGAGAGACGAGAACAGAGAGACGGACACACUCAACCCAGAGAGAGAAGAGACGGUGAGAGCGGACAGCUGACAAAAUGACGAUGACAGAUCUGUUGAAAGCUGAGGAGAUCAAGAAAGCUCUUCAAGCCUUCGAAGGAGAAACAUUUGAUCCAAGAAAGUUCUUUGAAAUGGUCGGGAUGAGGGCCAUGACGGCCGAAAACGUCAAGAAGGUCUUCCGGGUCCUGGACGUGGACGGCAGCGGGUUCAUCGAAGAGGAAGAGCUCAAGUAUGUACUGAAGGGCUUUGCCAAGGAGGGCAGAGAUCUGACUGACGCAGAGACAAGAGAAUUCCUCAAAGCAGCAGACAAGGACGGAGACGGCAAGAUCGGCAUCGACGAGUUUGAGACCUUGGUGCAUGAGUAGGGGACAGCCGAACAGCCCCUCCCUCCUCCUCCUCCUCCUCCUCCUCUUCGUCCCUGCAUUCAUAUUUUGUAACGGCCACCCCCCAAACUCCUGUCACCUCCCUCUGGACCCCGAGCACGGAGUCACACGAGAGCUGCUCGCUACCACACCUGAGCGGAACCAGGCCGACGGGGAGUCACCAUGAGGAGAAACACGCAGGCAUCAUAGGAGCCAUUUUUUAUAUAUAUCUCAUAUCCACUCGCUCAUGCUGUUUGGGUUUCAGAAUCAUUCUUGAUGAUUUCAUGAGGAUAGUUUGUGGUCUGAAAACAGGUGGUGCUAGUGCUGUAGAUGGUGUAGAUGUUAUAAAGACUUCUUCCUCUGUGUA